CGUUCGUUGCACCUCCACCUUCCUUAAGCACAAUGGCUCGCCUUGUACUAUGAUUGUACCCCUGCUAUCAUGUAGCAGUCGUCUUCGUCAUACCGCAUAGCGGACUGUAUAUAUUCGGUUGUCUUCCGUGCUUCCUGUCGUGCGUGUUCGCAUCAGCAUUCUUACGCCAUGCGUUUUUCAACUGUCAUCACAGGGCUCUUGUUUGGCCUUGAGGCCACAGCCAUUCGGGUUAGGCCGAUUCAAGCUGGCCAGAUAGAUGCAGAGGCCCAGUACAAAAGGUCACGACGCAGCCUUUACAAGCGCGACGACGAACUCGACCUGACACUGUUGUACCCUGAACACAACAUCUCGGUGCCCAUUGACUUCUUCCACAAUGACACUCGUUACGAGCCGCACUCCAACGGAUCUUUCAAUCUGAGGUACUGGUUUGACGACACUUACUACGAACCUGGCGGCCCAGUCUUCGUCCUUCUUGGGGGUGAAACCGAUGGUGCUGGUCGUCUGCCCUACUUGCAGAAGGGCAUCGUCCAUCAAGUCAUCAAGGCUACUAAGGGUCUCGGAGUCAUUCUGGAGCAUCGUUACUACGGCACCAGCUUUCCUACCGAGGAUCUCACUACUGAAAACCUGCGCUUCUUGUCGACCGAGCAAGCUCUUGCCGAGGUUGACUACUUUGCGAGGAAUGUCAAGUUCGCUGGCCACGAGGACAAGGACCUUACAGCGCCUUCCACUCCUUGGGUCGUGUAUGGUGGCUCCUACGCCGGUGCUCAAUCAGCUUUCUUGCGCGUCACGUACCCUGAAACAUUCUGGGGUGCGAUCUCUUCUUCCGGAGUUACAGUCGCCAUCUACGACUUCUGGCAAUACUUUGAGCCCAUCAGAUUGUUUGGGCCUCCCGACUGCAUCAAGAACACUCAGACGCUUGUUGAUGUUGUUGACAAGCAUUUGCUGGGUAACAACACCGCCAACAUCCAGGCUCUGAAGACCGCUUUCGGCCUUGGCAAUGUCACAGACAACAGGGACUUUGCAAACCAGCUAAUUGGCGUCUAUGGAUGGCAGAGCACCAAUUGGGACCCUGAGAUCAACUCGCCCUCCUUCUACAACUACUGCCGCAAUGUAACCCAAUCAGUCGAUCAAGCUGAGCCUGCCACUGAGAGUCUGCGCCCUACUGUUGCUGGCCUGGUCUCGGCAGCUGGCUACGGCAACGACACACUGGUACAGAACAUCACCCUGAACGCCAUCAGCUGGGUCAACAAGACCGUUCUCCCUGGCUGGCGACGAUCCAACUACACACAGGACCGCUACUUUACCACCCUCAACGCGACCGCUCUGCAGCAGUACACUUCUCUCGAGGACUACGGCUACACCAGCUGGAGCUACCAAGUCUGCACUGAAUGGGGCUACAUUCAGACCGGCAACACGCCCGCCGAUAUCCAGCCUCUCAUCUCACGUACUCUCGACCUUGAGUACCUGACCUUCUUCUGCCGCGCGCAGUUCAACAUCACCACACCACCUGAUCUCGAGAAAGUUAACAAGUACGGUGGCUUCAACAUCAGCUACUCUCGUCUUGCCCACAUUGGUGGAAAUGCUGAUCCCUGGCGCCCAGCUACACCGCUGUGGUACCCUGAGAGCAGGGAGGAUACGGUCGAGGAGCCGUGGCACCUGAUUAGCCAUGGUGUGCAUCACUGGGAGGAGAACGGUAUCUUUGACAAUGAGACGACGCCUAUCCUGCCGCCGUACCAGGUCAUCUAUGCUCAGCAGUACUUGAAGAACUUCGUUGUUGAUUGGUUGGAUGAGUGGAAGGGUGGUUAUCAGACCGAGCUCUAGAUUAAGCUGGCACAGGAUGAAUACGUCGAAUAUCGAUACACUCUGGGGUAGCCUACUUGAUUGGCACACAAAACCAUGAAUUGUAACAUGAUGAUGUGACUGAGGGACGCUCCAAGUAUCCAGUGAUCAUUGCUUGAGUCACAGUGACUGUCAGCAACUUUUGCCAGUUUUACAAAAUCCCUCGUGGUUGAUGGUUUGUUGUUUGUACUCGUCCGGCCCAACAAUCGCAGUCUGUGCCCGAAGUUCACAUAAUCCUGAUACUGUAUCCUACGCUCCACACUGACACUCGUCAUCACUUGGUUAAACCAUGUCGAGGUUUUCGGUCUACUUUCACGCCACCAAUCCGAACCCCGUCUUCACACAUUGCCAACGAGGACUACCUG